AUGGUUAUUAAAAAGGUGAUCAAAAAGAAGGCCCUGACGACGAAGAAGAAGAAGAAGAAGCUGGAGACGAAGAUUCGCGUGGCGGAUGAUGCUCAACGAGAUUUUGACGAUGAGGAUUUUGAGGUUGCCGAUCUUUCGAAUAUUCCGGCGCCGGUCAUCGAAUUCGAACUUCCUUGUAUGAAUUCGACCAAAAAUGGUGCCGAGAAGGAAGAAGGAACCGAUGAAGCCGGCAAAGAGCAGAAGGAGAAGGCUUCUGCUCCUCGAGCUCCAAAGGCGAAAAAAUCGAAAUUGGCAAAAAAUAGUUCAAAGAAAGAGCCGCUCACCGCCCAAAAAUUGAACAAUGAGUUGAUUGAACUGCGCAAAAUUGUGGAAAUUGCCAAAACGCGAGUUUCGCAUAAGAUUGUCCGACGCAGAAAAGUGUUUGAAGGGAAAUUGGAGAAGAAUGCGACGAAGAAGCACGAAUUCGAACGGAAAAUCGCGAGGCUUUCCGAGGAGGCGUUGAAUAUAAAGAAUGUCGACAAAGACACGGUAGCCAAAUUCGCGUUGGUCAAUCGAAAAUCGUUUGAUGAGCUUCGCAUCGACGGCACAACGCCGGUGGCGCAACGAUUGUUAUACAAAUUGGCGUGCGAGGAUGUUGUUGUGAAAAUGGUGGACGGCAUGCGCGCCAAAUAUAGCGAUUGGGACACUAGCGUCGCAUUUUAUCUGCAACGAUUGGGACUGCAAUACGCGGGCAAUAAGAAGGAGCAGAAGGAAAUGGAAGCGAUCGGCGUUGAGGUGGAGGAGGAGGAGCCUAAAAUUGAGACGGAUGAUGAGCAAGAUGAUGAUGAGGAGACUUACGUGACGUCUGAUGUUGAGAUGGUGAACAGCGACGAGGAAGAAGAGGCGAAAGCGGCGGAGAAUCGGCGAAAAAUUCUGUUGGGCCUAAUUAAUGCGAAAGUUGACGAAACGCGGCCGGCGUUGAAGCCGAAAAAGAGGAAAAUUGAAGAAGCUGAUGAGCCGCGGGUGUCGACUUUGAAGAAACCGAAAGAAGAAUUGAAAAAUGAGGCGAAGAAGAUUCUGGAAAGUGUUAUUCAAGAAGCUGAGGUGAAAAAACCGAAAAAGGUUUUGAAGAAAAAGGGAGAAAAGAAGAAGAAAGUCAAGGAAGAACUCGCAGUUGUUGAGAAGCCCUCGACAGCGGUUAUCAAAACGAUCAAUUUGUCGGAUGGUGGGGUUAUUGAGAAGGUCGAGAAGACGGUUAGAGCUGUUGAGAAGCCAAAAGUUUUGGAAGAAGAGGAAGGAGAGGAUGACGAUGAUCCGGCAGCGAAAUUCUUUUUGCCUAAUAAGGAUUUGAAGCCGAAGAGGCCGAAAAAUGUGGAAAAGAAAGAAGUAGCCGAAAUGAAGAAGAAAGGCGCUAGUAAGAAGAAGAAGAGCGCUGUUGAAAAAGGCGAAGUGCAUCCGUCUUGGGCGGCGAGUAUGCAGAAGAAGAAGGAGAUGCAGUCGGCGAAGCCAUGCGGCAAAAAAAUCGUCUUCGACGAUGAUGAUUAA